AUGAAUGCGAGCCAGUUCGACGGUAACGCUGCCUUCUCAGGCGGUGGUUUCAUGCCUCAAACCACUCCGGUCGCCGACUCUCCCCUCACUCCUUCCAAGAAUCGUGAUACUCAGACCUUGCUUCCUCUGACGAUCAAGCAGAUCAACGAUGCUCUCCAAUCAUGUGAUGAUAGAACCAAUCUGACUAUUGAUGGUGUUGACGUUGGCACAAUUUCUCUUGUUGGUAGGAUGUGCAACAAAACUGAACAUGUUACUGAUGUUAAAUUUGUACUUGAUGAUGGUACUGGAAUGAUUGAGUGCACUAAAUGGCUUCAAGAACCUGCAGAUUCAAUUCAAGUGGAGAGUAUCUUGAAUGGAAUGUAUGUGAGGGUUUAUGGACAUUUGAAAGGCUUUCAGGGUAAAAAAAACAUAAAUGUUUUCUCUUUUAGGCCCGUGACUGACUUCAAUGAGAUUGCCCACCAUUUCAUUCAUUGCAUAUAUGUUCAUCUAUAUAAUUCAAAGUUACGGGCUAGCAUCCCCAAUCAGCAACGUGCUCCUAAUUCCACACAAAUCACUCCCACGAAAGGUUAUCAACCUCAAGCCAUACCACCAAAUCAAUUCUCUGGUCAGCAUAAUAAUGGUCAGAAGAGUGUUGAAGUAUUGGUGUUAGAUGUUUUGCAUCUUCCUGCAAACAGGAUAAAGGAUGAGGGAACCAGUGUUGAUGUUAUUGCACAACGUGUUGGAAUUCCCAUGGAUAAACUCAUGCUGGCUAUUGAUAAUCUUAUUGGAGAAGGUGCCAUAUAUGAAACUAUGCCUAAUAAGUAUAAGUCAGCUGUAGACGGUUGA